AUGUAUACAAGCCAUAUAUCUGAAGAAAAACAUUCAAAAAAAAAAGUUGCUCCAAAAAGAGAGGCAACUAAGAAAAUGAAUAUUUUAAAUAGGAAAUCUGGCGCAGGUAUGAAAAAAUCCGACUCAUUUAAAUUCAAUGCGAGUAAAUACGACGACUUUGGAAGAGUAAGUAAACACCACACUGCUAAUUGCCAGAAAAAAAGCGAAGCAAGAGACUUGAUAAUUGGCGAAGAUGAAAAAAAAGAUUUAAAGCAAGAGAAUAUCGCAGGUUCAGAAAAAUAUAAAGUUGAGAACAUUAGUUCUUUGUCAGAGUCAGAGAUUAUUAAAGAAAUGUUUGGAAUUGAGAAAUUUGAAACAUCUAAAAAUAAAAACCACUCAAAAUCAAGUCUUUCUUGUUCUAACAUUAAGUCAAGAAGGAAGUAUAGGCAAUAUAUGAAUAGACCUGGUGGUUUCAAUAGACCCCUUUCUCCUAUUCAGUAA